GGGGGAUGAUUGGGGGGGGACAGGGCACCCCCUGACCCGUGUCCUGCACACACAGGGGUGUUCCAGAUGAUGACAAACCACAAGUGUCACUUCAUCAACGGCACCGAGUGGGUGAGGUUCUUGGAGAGGCACAUCUACAACCGGGAGCAGCUCCUGCACUUUGACAGCGAUGUGGGGGUCCUUGUGGGGGACACCCCGUAUGGGGAGAAGGUGGCCAGGAAAUGGAACAGUGACCAGGAAUAUCUGCAGUACAAACGGUCUGCAGUGGACAGGUACUGCCGGCACAACUAUGAGUUGUCCGCCCCGUUGAUCGUCAACCGCAGAG